UGUGAAUCUACGUCUAGACAUUCCCGACUUCCUCCCUCCCCUUCUAAAUAAAAGACAGCAUCCUCCUCUCAAGGGUCAGUCUCUUGCUCAACUUGCCUCUCUCUCACAGAGAAAAUAUUCAACAUGGCAACCAAGAUGGUGGUUCAGCAGCCCAAGCCACUGGUAGUGGCUGCUGCAUCAGACCAGUGGAGCACCAGCAUCUGCGAAUGCGACAACGUCAAUGAAUGUUGUUUCUCUGUGUGGUGUUUCCCUUGCUUUGCCUGCAUUACAGCCAGAGACCACGGAGAAUGUCUCUGUCUCCCUCUCCUGGACAGCUGCGGGUGUAUUCCCCCAAUCACUCUCUCCAUGAGGGUUUCCACACGCCGGCGUUACGGCAUCACGGACUCUAUCUGCAAUGACUGUGUGUACUCUUACUUCUGCGGACCGUGCUCAUGGUGUCAGAUCAGACGGGAGAUGAAGGCAAGACUCCAUCCUGUCACUCUGUUCAACAACAGGCCUACCUAAAGAUCAACGCCAUUUUCCUCACCUUCAUUAUCAUUUUCACAGUACAUUCUCUAAAGCACACUUUGUCCUUAUCGGAUCACGUUGUUUCAGUCCAAAAAACAAAGACUUGUUUGUCCUGCGGUUGUAAUCACAGUUCUUGAUCUUCCUCCCACACACACUGACCUGAGAUGAGCCCUUCGGCAUGGCAUUGUAGUGCAAUCUGUUUUGCAUAUUGGUGAGGUACAGCAGGGGGUGAAGAAUUCUGAAGAAUGGAUUCUCCUAAGAAAUACUCCGAUUUGGAAUUUUAAUGUUGCAACUUUAAUGUAGUUUCACUAUUUUAUUUUAUUUUUAUUUUAUUUUUAUUUUAUUUAGUUUUAUAAUAAAUCUUUCCAAUGUACCUCAACACAUCUUAUGUAUAAAAUAGUAUGCAUAAUAUGAUUUUCACUGUAGUUAGACUGUUGUUAUAUUGAGCCAUUGAUAUGAGACACUGGAGGUUUGAUAUGACUAAAAUAUGUUUUAGUGUGUGUUUUUGCAGGCCUGUAAAUGAUUUAAUGUAGAAAAUACAAAAAUAUGCUGGGACACUCAAUAAAGCUGAUCAAAAACA